AUGCAGAGUGCUUGGGAUCUGGCGAACGAGGUAACUUUCCGAUCAAUUGAUGAUUUCACUUUCACUGCACAAUUCAAGUGUUUUGGUGAUUGGAAGACGGCGAUGCACGGAGGGCCUUGGCUUUUUCGACGCAAAGCUGUGAUUAUUGAGGAAUAUGAUGGGCUGACAAACACUAAGGCUAUUCUCCUAGACUCUGUUCGUGUUUGGGUGAGGAUCAUAGGUCUACCUGAUCUAAUCCGUAAUAAGGCUGUAGCUACGGUGAUGGCAGGGAAGAUGGGAACAGUUCUGGAGGUAGAACUGGGAAGCAAUGGCGUAAAUUACGUCAAGUAUGUUCGAGUUUAUGUAAAAAUUCCAAUCUCGAAACCACUGUUUCGCUUUGUAACAGGAAGUGUGAAUGCAGAGACAGGGCCGCAGAAAUUCCGUGUGCUGUAUGAAAAGAUGCCCAGGUUUUGUGCUAACUGUGGGUGUGAUAGGUCAUAUCGCUGA